AAGACUUUAGCACAAAUGGAGGAAGAGCAGAUGAGAAACUGCAAUGUCCAUGGAAAACAUUGGAGAACAAGUUGUGUGCCUGAUUGCUUAUCAUCUCCUUUUUGCAAUGUUUGUCUGGUCGUAUUGGAAAACCAUCUUUACAUUGCCAAUGAAUCCUUCAAAAGAAUUCCACCUCUCUUACGCAGAGAAAGAAUUGCUGGAGAGAGAGCCGAGGGGAGAAGCCCAUCAGGAAGUUCUCCGGCGAGCAGCCAAGGACCUUCCCAUCUACACCAGGACCAUGUCUGGAGCAAUCCGAUACUGUGACCGAUGCCAGCUGAUAAAACCAGACCGCUGCCACCACUGCUCCGUCUGUGAUAAAUGUAUUUUGAAGAUGGACCAUCAUUGCCCAUGGGUGAACAAUUGUGUUGGAUUUUCAAAUUAUAAAUUUUUCCUCCUUUUCUUGGCUUAUUCCCUGCUAUACUGCCUUUUUAUUGCUGCUACGGAUUUACAGUAUUUUAUCAAAUUUUGGACAAAUGGUCUACCAGAUACUCAAGCCAAGUUCCAUAUUAUGUUUUUAUUCUUUGCUGCAGCUAUGUUUUCUGUCAGCUUGUCUUCUCUGUUUGGCUAUCAUUGUUGGCUAGUCAGCAAAAAUAAGUCUACAUUAGAGGCUUUUAGAAGUCCUGUAUUUCGACAUGGAACAGAUAAGAAUGGAUUCAGCUUGGGUUUCAGUAAAAAUAUGCGACAAGUUUUUGGUGAUGAGAAGAAGUACUGGUUGCUACCCGUGUUUUCAAGUCUCGGCGAUGGCUGCUCCUUCCCAACUUGCCUUGUGAACCAAGAUCCUGAACAGCCGUCCACUCCUGCAGGACUGAAUCCAGCAUCGAAAAAUCCUGAAAACCAUCAAUUUCCUGCAAAGCCAUUGAGAGAGUCGCAGAGCCACCUCCUUACUGAUUCUCAGUCUUGGACAGAGAGCAGCACAAACCCGGGGAAAGACAAAGCUGGGAUGAGCAAUCCUGCAUUGACCAUGGAGAAUGAGACUUAACUCUUCAAACAAAACGAAUUCCUAUUGUAUGAAAGUAUCAGUGCUGUAGAUGGAGGAAGAGGCUUCCCACAGGAAGGCACCGUUGACCAGUUGUCCCAUUUCCCUUUGGCUGGAUACGCAGAAUAUGAAUUGAUUACUUCUCUCCGAGCUGUUGCUUAAAACAUCACCUUUUUAAAAUCAGGAUACAGAUUGUCUCAACUAACACAAAUUUCUGUGAAAUAUUAAAAAUAAUUGUGUCUUAUGGAUCAAGGGCAAAAAUACCUUCUAUCAUAAAAACUUUGAGUAAAUUCAUGGGCCAGUUUUCACCCAAAUAAUUCGGUAGCACAAUUUAUCCCAAUUUUCAUCCAGAAAAUUAAGAUGAAGAAACUGAGGUUGAAAAGAUUUCCAGUCACAUUAUAAUAAGUUUAUUCGUAAAACCUGUUACCUAUGAAAACAUGGAGGUAGCCAAACAGACUUCUUUGUUUAUUCCUUCUGAUGUCAAUUCAGCUUCAGAUGGAGUGAAUUUAUUACAAGUUCCAAAUGACCUAUAGUUGAAGAUCACCAUCCAUUUUUGCUAGACUUUAAUCUAAUUCUAGCUUUUGUUCCCUGCUAGAAAAUAAGUAUGAUCAUUGAUGCUCGAGCUCACUGAUAAGCAACUCACUAGAAAAGUUUUGUCAGAAAGAAUACAUUUCUAUUACAUCUGAAAUAUAUUUUUCAUCUCUUCUUAUCUUCUUAAAUUGGGGGAAAUCUAUAACAAUUAUGAAAAUCGGUUUAUUUUUUAUGAUACUCCUUAGCCAGUUUGGCUUAAAAAUUUUUUUAAAUGUUUUUAUUGAUUUUAGAGAGAGAGGAAGAGGGAGAGAAACACUGAUGCAAGAAACAUCCAUUGGCUGCCUCCUGCACGCCCCCUACUGGGAAUCAAGCCCGCAACCCAGGCAUGUGCCCUGACCUGGAAUGGAACCAGCAACCUUUUGGUGCAUGGGACAACACUCAACCAACUGAGCCACACUGGCCAGGGCUUAACAUUUUUUUAAAGUUAUUUUAUUUUAUUUUUAUUGAACAUAGCAAAAAUAUCUAAUUUCUGUUAAGAAUUCCUGAUGGGUCAAUCAAUUAAUCCUCCAUUUAUAUUGAUAUUAUUUCUGUGUUCUCUCAUCAAAGGUAUGAUAGUUUAAAUAUAUAGUUCGUCAUCUAUUAAGAUUAAAUGAUGCAAAUCAAAAAUUAUACACUUUUGGAAAUUUAGUUAAACAUAAGUAAAUGGUGUGCUGUUUGGAAAUUGAGUUUCAGAUAAACUGAAGUGGUGUGUUGGUUGAUGCCAAAAUCUUAGGCUUCAGUAAAUAUACUAAGAAGCUCUUGUGCCUUGUAUGCACUAUUUAAAAAAAAAAGUUUUAUUUACUCUUUUUUAAUUUGUUGGAGUGUAAGUUUUAUAAAUGUUAGUGAUUAGAAUAAGCUGUGUACAUUUUUUUGGUACCGAUUUUCAGAAUUUAAAGCAGAUUACCUUUUAAAAACUACACAGCUAAGGAACUGGUAUUUAAUCAAAGGGAAAAUGGUAUUAAACUUUUCAAAUUCUCAGUUAGACAAAAUAGGUUAGAAGGCCAGAGGAUAAUGGAGUAAUAAUAGAUCCUUGUAAUUACUCAUCCUUGCUAAAAAUACAAAGAGUUUAAAAUGAGUUAAUGGAAGAAUCGGUCCAGUCCAUUUUCUAGGUCAUUUGAGUGCAAUUAUUUGAACAAUAGGAUGGCAGUUUUUUUCCCCCAGAUUUUUUAAAGCUAAAUAUUUUAAUCUGACAAUCUGCUUCGAGAAAUUUCAUAAGAUAUAUUUUUACUUUGAACUUAAAGCAUUUUUUGGUCAUCAUUUUUCAUUACCUGAAGUGCCAGGUUGGAACCUAUAGCUACUGUUUGAAGUCUUAAGGGCAACAGCAUUAUGUGACAUAUUAAGAAUGAUAUGCAACCAGAUAUUUUUCAAAGCACAGUACUAUUGCUGUUUUUAUUGGAAUAAGAUUGUUAGAUGUUCCCUAUUGUCAAACUAGAAGCUAGGUGGGGAGAAAGGGAGAUUUCUAUUCUUUACCUUGCUAGAGUACUGUUCAUCAUUUCCCCAUUUAGGUCAUUCAUGUAAUUAUUGAAAUACAUAAAGCCAAUACACAUUAGAUUCGGAUUUGAAAACAUUUUUAAAAAUAAAAAAUUUUCAUUAAGUUUCAA